AACUGGUACCAAUUUUUUGCAUCAGUUACAAAUAUGGUCGAUUUUUUUUUUGGAUUGAUAAAGAUAAGCUUUCAUGUCAUAAAGUUUGCAAGAUAACCCCUGGAAAGAUACACCCAUCAUUCUUUUUUAUGCCAUUUCCCAUUGGUGUUGUUUUUUAAACGUGUACUUCCAAGUUCUUAUUGAGAAAUAACUAAAUUUCUUUCUUAUGUCGCCUUUUUUUGUCUAAGAAGAGCUAAAAGUUAAAAAAAGACGUGUCAAAUAAUGUAAAGAAUAUCUGGUUUAUCAAUUUGGAUUCAAACUGUGUUUACUGUUCUGAAGGUCUAAAAGAUAUUUCGAUUGAAAGCAACAAGAAGAUGGAGAGAGCUAUCCUUCUACUUACACUCCUGCAUUUAUCAGGCAUCAAGACAAGCAUAGUAGAAGAUCGUUUAUUAGCUGACUUAUUUCAAAAUUAUAAUCCUGCAGCACGCCCUGCAUUGAAUGACACUGAUACAGUUAAUGUCACUUUUGGAUUGACACUUAGUCAAAUCAUCGACGUGCACGAGAAGAAUCAAUUCUUGGUUAUCAGUGCAUUUAUAAGGCAGAAAUGGAAGAAUCCCAUUCUCAAGUGGGUUCCGACAGAAUACAACAACAUCACAGAAAUUAACAUCGAUCCAAAGAAAAUAUGGCGACCAGAUAUUAUUUUGUAUAAUAAUGCUGACGAAGACAAAACAUUUGGUGGAAAUCUUGAUCGCCUUAACACGAGAGCGAUAUUGAAAUAUACAGGAGACACUCAGUGGUUAGCGCCAAUAAUACUGAAAAGCAAAUGCGACAUUGACGUCAAAUACUUUCCCUUUGACACACAAAGAUGUCCUCUGAAGUUUGGUAGUUGGACAUAUGCUAAAGACAGAUUGGAUUUUUUCAGCGAAGGAGAUAGUGCUGAUAUAAAGUCGUAUUCUAAAAACUCUGAAUGGCUUUUGCGCAGUGCUAAAGCGAACAGAUCGGAAGAAAAAUAUAUAUGUUGCGAAGAAUUGUUCUCUGAUGUAACGUAUACUAUUGAAAUAUCACGGCGCUCGCUCUUUUAUCUGCUCAAUUUGAUCUUUCCGAUGACCAUUAUUGGGAUGUUGACAAUGCUAUCGUUUCUACUGCCAGCUGAAUCAGGUGAACGAAUAUCAUUGGCUAUCACGCUGCUGCUUGCAAUGACGGUAUUUAUGUUAGUCGUCGCCGACAUUAUUCCGGCAACUAGUGACGUCAUUCCUUUGGUCGGCAUGUUUUUCAGCGCGUCCAUGGUUGAGAUGGUGUUAAUGAUUGUGGUUCUGUGCUACGUCAUGAGGCUUCAUCACAAAGACAGUGAUAGACCACCUAUGUCUGCUUGGAUGAGAAGAUACGUUUUAGACUGGCUAUCCUACAAGGUUGGUAUUCGUGUACGUAAAGAUGGCGACAAUGCACUUUGCAAUUCAAACCAUAACUAUCAAUUAAAUUCACCACUGCUUUUAAAUAAUCAAGCCAUCAAUUCAGCUGUGCUCAACAAAAUCAAAAGACAAAACAUGGCGGAAUUAGAUUGGAAGCAAAACAAAACAGCUUCAUCCCGUUUUAACAAUCACAAUGAAAAUACUUUCAACAGGAAUUCUUAUCAACGGAAAGUGACGGGUGCAGAAUUGGUCAUAAGUAAAUUAGAUGUUUUGAUUGAGAAAAUUCGAAGUAUGGAGGAACAAGAUUUGGUAAAAACAGAAUGGCGGAUAGUUGCUAUGACAAUCGACCGCUGUUUGCUUGUUUUCUUUGCUUUUGUAUUUCUGACUACCUUUUUUGGUUGCUUUUUGACAGCGCCUGGCUACGUUCCGUGAAACAAAAGGUGAAAGAUUUUGAAACAUCAGGAAGCAUGUGCUAUCAAAACAGCCUAGUUUAAAAGGAACAAUAGAAUUUUCUCCUUUCUUUCACCACAUUUGAUUGUCGACUUUUUCAUUUCUAUUUUUAGUUUUUGUCAGAGGACAAUUUGCAGUUCGUUAUUCUGAUAAUUUUAAGGAAGUAGUAACUUCUUUAAACUGAAACCUAGUUUGUUUGUUUUUGUUUUUUGUUUUAUAUCGUUGACUUAAUUUUAAAAAUAUCUAAUGAAAUUGUGUUUCUG